AUGUUGUCUAGAGCAAUCAGAGUGCAGAGACACCUUGCUCUGUCAUUCCCUCAGAAGGGUGCACCAUUAACUACUACCAUCCGUUACUUUACCUCCGCCCCCGGGGGGUCGCCACCGUCACCAGCAUCAGCACCAAUAAACUCGCUCAAUUUUUUCCAAGGCAAAUCGCUUCCUUCAAACACAAUCAUCAAAUUUGUGCCUCAGCAACAAGCAUGGAUAGUGGAACGGAUGGGGAAAUUCAACCGGAUAUUGCCACCGGGGCUAGCAAUCUUGAUUCCCGUGCUUGACAAGGUGACCUAUGUUCAAUCGCUCAAGGAAACCGCAAUUGAAAUCCCUACUCAGACCGCGAUAACCCUGGAUAACGUGUCGUUGGAGCUCGACGGCGUGCUUUAUGUCAAAGUCCAUGACCCAUACAAGGCAAGCUACGGAGUCGAGGAUUUCCAUUUCGCCAUCAGACAACUUGCUCAAACCACCAUGCGUUCCGAGAUUGGUAAUAUGACCUUGGACGCGGUGUUGAAGGAAAGACAAGCGUUAAACACCGCAAUCAACGAGGUGAUCAACCACGCCGCGAAUGAUAACUGGGGUGUUGAAUGCUUGAGGUAUGAAAUUAGAGAUAUCCAUCCACCCACAGAGGUUUUGGAAGCUAUGCAUAGACAAGUGUCUGCGGAAAGGUCCAAGAGAGCCGAGAUUUUGGAGUCGGAGGGUAAUAGACAGAGCAGGAUCAACAUCAGCGAAGGUGAAAAGCAAAGUGUCAUUUUGCAAUCGGAAGCAAGCAAGACCGAGCAGAUUAACUUGGCCCUCGGUGAAGCUGAGCAGAUUAAACUAAAGGCCGACGCCACUGCGCAGGGGCUCAAGGUGAUUGCUGAGGCUAUAAAGAACACGCCCGGUGGCCAAGAGGCUAUCAAUUUGCAAAUUGCCCAGGAAUACAUUAGGCAAUUUGGCAGGUUGGCGAAGGAGAGCAAUACACUUAUUGUGCCUAGUAACAUUGGAGAUAUUUCAAGUUUCAUGGCGCAGGGAUUGUCGAUUUAUAAGAAAUUGAACGCUCCUGAAGCAACCAAGGAGCAACAGCAAGAGUAA